UCACACCCCUCAUCAAGCCCUACUGAGCUGCUCCGUGUAUCUCCUGGUCUCCUUCCCUCAGACCUCAUCUCUCCGUUAGCUAGCAGACCCAGAGGACGUGUGGACACAGCAGCCCAAUGGAGCAGACAGUGGUGCUGAUCACAGGAUGCUCCUCAGGGAUAGGCCUCAGUCUGGCCGUCCGGCUGGCCUCGGAUCCAGCGAAAAUGUACAAAGUCUAUGCCACCAUGAGGAAUCUUGCCAAGAAGGAGCGUCUGCUGGACUGUGUGAAGGACCUGCACAAGGACACCCUGGACAUCCUCCAGAUGGACAUCACUGACCAGCAGUCCAUUCUGGAUGCCAGGGACAGGGUCAGGGAGAAGAGGGUGAACAUUCUGGUGUGUAAUGCUGGUGUGGGGUUGAUGGGACCGCUGGAGGCCCAGUCCCUGGCCACCAUGAGGCGGAUCCUGGAGGUCAACCUCCUGGGCACCAUCAGCACCAUCCAGGCCUUCCUACCAGGGAUGAAGGCCCAGGGCCAUGGACGCGUCCUGGUCACUGGCAGCAUCGGUGGGCUACAGGGACUCCCCUUUAAUGAGGUGUACUGUGCCAGUAAGUUUGCAGUAGAGGGCGCCUGUGAGAGUCUGGCCAUUCUCCUGCAGCACUUCAACAUCCAUGUGAGUCUUAUUGAGUGCGGCCCUGUCAACACGGAUUUCCUGGACAACCUGCAGAGGGCAGAGCCAGGGGACUCUUCGCUGCAGCAGGUCGACGCCCACACACGCAGCCUCUAUGACACGUACCUGCAACACUGUGGGAUGGUGUUCCAGAACGCAGCUCAGGACACAGAGGACAUUGUGAAGGUACAGGUAUUUCUGGAUGCCAUACAGUCAUCGAACCCUGCAUUCAGAUACUACACCAACAAUGCCCUCAUUCCGCUUAGCAGCCCUAAGAUCUCAGCGCUGGACGGGUCCCAGUACAUCAGAAAUAUGAGCAAGAUCAUCUUCUCAACCAAUGGGAAAGGGGAACAAAAAUAGCCAUCAAAAUAUAUAAUAUAAUAUAACCCUUUACUUUAUACAUACAGUACAGUCAACAUUUUUAGAACACCUAUCCAUUCAAGGGUUUGUCUUUAUUUUUACUAUUUUCUACAUUGUAUAAUUAUAGUGAAGACAUCAAAACUAUGAAAUAACACAUAUGGAAUCAUGUAGUAACCAAAAAGGUCUUAAACAAAUCAAAAUAUAUUUUAUAUUUGAGAUUCUUCAAAGUAGCCACCCUUUGCUUUGAUGACAGCUUUGCACACUCUUGGCAUUCUCUCAACCAGCUUCACAAACCAGAUGGGGUAGUGUAUCGUUGCAGAAUGCUGUGGUAGCCAUGCUGGUUAAGUGUGCCUUGAAUUCUAAAUAAAUCACUGACAGUGUCACCAGCAAAGCACCGCCACACCAUCACACCUCCUCCUCCAUGCUUCACGGUGGGAAUCACACAUGCAGAGAUCAUCCGUUCACCUACUCUGUGUCUCACAAAGACACAGAGGUUGGUACCAAAAAUCUCAAAUUUGGACUCAUCAGACCAAAGGACAGAUUUCCACCAGUCUAAUGUCCAUUGCUCAUGUUUCUUGACCCAAGCAAGUCUCUUCUUAUUAUUGAUGUCCUUUAGCAGGGAUUUUCUUGCAGCAAUUUGACAAUGAUGGCCUGAUUCCUCAUAAGAGCCAGUUGCAUAAUAGCGCUUGAUGGUUUUUGCGAUUGCACUUGAAGAAACUUUCAAAGUUCUUGAAAUUUUCCACAUUAACUGACCUUCAUGUCUUAAAGUAAUGAUGGAUUGUCGUAUCUUUUUGCUUAUUUGAGCUGUUCUUGCCAUAAUAUGGACUUGGUCUUUUCCCAAAUAGGGCUAUCUUCUGUAUACCACCCCUACCUUGUCACAACACAACUGAUUGGCUCAAAUGCAAUAAGAAGGAAAGAAAUUCAACUAAUUAACUUUUAACAAGGCAAACCUGUUAAUUGAAGUGCAUUCCAGGUGACUACCCCAUGAAGCAGGUUGAGAGAAUGCCAAGAGCGUGCAAAGCUGUCAUCAAGGCAAAGGGUGGGUAUUUCAAGAAUCUCAAAUAUAAAAUAUAUUUUGAUUUGUUUAAGACCUUUUUGGUUACUACAUGAUUCCAUAUGUGUUAUUUCAUAGUUUUGAUGUCUUCACUAUUAUUCUACAAUGUAGAAAAUAGUAAAAAAAAUAAGGAAAAACCCUUGAAUGAGAAGGUGUGUGCAAACUUUUGGCUGUACAUAGGUUAUACACAUGAUUUGCAUUGGGAGCCACACACAAGCACAUCAUUUCAGCAAACAACAUGGUUGGCCAAAAUCAUCUUCUUUACACACAAUGUUCAACCACCAACUUCAAGGUGGAGGCUUUGCUAUUAUGUCACAAGUUUUGAUACAUUUGAAGAGUUUAUUUCUAAAACUCUAUAUCCGCCAACCAAUGUUUUUCAUCAGAAAUGAUUGCUAAUGGGUACCUUCAUGUGUGUCCAAGAUGUUACUGUUCUUAGAUUUUAGUGUAUGUGUAUGUAAAUGCGUAUGUUUUUGCAAAACUCUAUAUAUCCAUUGUUUAGCAUGGAAUGAAAUGAUUGUAUCCUGUAUAUUUGACUGUGAUGUGUGGUUGUCUCACCUAGCUAUCUUAAGAUGAAGGCACUUUUACUGUAAGUCGCUCUGGAUAAGAGCAUCUGCUAAAUUAUUCAAAUGUAAAAUAUGUAGAUCUCAUAUUAUUGUAUUGAAUGCUUUUUAAAAUAUAUUUUUUAAAUGUUGAUGUAUCAUUCGUACAGUUCUUUAUUAAAAAUGUAGUUAUUGUUACA